AUGAGCACCUUUGGCAGUCCUGGAGGCAGCACCUACUCUGGCAAACCCAUCCCGCCAGAGAGAGGCAGCUUCCCGCUUGAUCACGAUGGCGAGUGCAAGGAUGUCAUGAAGCAAUAUCUAGCAUGCAUCAAAAAGGUCAAAGGCGUCAACGAAGACCAAUGCCGCAACAUCGCAAAGGCAUAUCUCUCAUGCCGCAUGGACAAAAACCUCAUGGCGCGAGACGAGUUCAAAAAUCUCGGUUUUCAGGACGAGGCCAAGAAGCCUCUGAGCCCACCACAAAACCAACCACCCGAGAAGGGCAAGAAGGGCGAGCUCAUGUGGUAA